AUGUUGAUUUUAUACUUGUUUUUUUAUGGUUGUUUUCUGUUGAUGACGUACUUGCAAUAUUAGAGUUAGAAUAAAAUAACUAUGUCUAAGUAUAAAUUUAAGAGAUUACAUAUAUUGAUGUCGUUGGGAAUUGAAUGUGCAGUGUUACUUGGCUGUUCAAUUGUAGAUAAUUGAUUAAAUUCUAGUUAUUUAUCAACUUGGGGUUGUUCAAUAAACAAAGUAGUGCCUGGAGUGCUUAAGUUCAUAGAAAUUAUAGUAAUUAUCUAAAAUAUUAAUGUUUUAGAUCUCUCUUUUUUGAUUCAAAUUAUAAAUAAGCAGUAAUUUAUUAAAGAAAAGUAGAAGAUUCAUGGUAGUUUUAGUAAAGCUGCUCAUAAAUAAAAGUAGAUUGGCAAUUUUUAAUGGCUUUCAGGUGAUUUAGUUACUCUAGAAGUUAGUGAAGGUGUAUAGAGUGGCUAAAUAAUUAAAGGAGUUCAAAUCGAUUAAUUGAUCUGUUAGGAUAUGCAAAUUAUGAUGAUAUGA